AUUUGUUAGUCUGCUUCCUUUUUGUUAUAUUCACUAGCUUGUUGUAUUUCUUAGAUUCCACAUAUGAGUAAUACAAUACAGUAUAUCUUUCUCUGUUAGACUUAUUUCACGUAGCGUAAUGCCCUCCGUGUCCAUCCAUGCUGCUGCAAAUGGCAAAAUGUCAUUAUUUUUCGUGGCUGAGUAACAUUCCACUGGGUAUAUAUAUGUACCACAUUUUCUUUAUCCAUUCAUCUGUUGAUGGACACUUAGGUUGCUUCCAUAUCUUGGCAAUUAAAUCAGAGCUUCUUAAAUGUCAUGUGAAUCACCUGAGGACCUGGUCAAAAGGCAAUUUUUGAAUCAGAAAGUCUGGGGUGAAGUCUGAGGGUCUGCACUUCACACAAGCCCCCAGCUGAUGGUGAAGCUGCAGGUCCGAGGUCCAAGCUGAGUAGGACGGCUUUAUGUCCAUCUCUGCCCACAAGAUGGUGCAUCUCUUAAGGAGAGGAACGGUAUCUGCUUUAUUCACAGUGCGUGCACAAAGCAAGUGCUUCGUAAGUUUGUUGAAUGAAUUGUUCUUAGUGGGUACCCAGUCCUAAGGCUCCCUACUUGUUUCUGUUGCCUCAUUUCACUCAUGCCUUUGAGACACUCCCCUUGCUUUUUGAGGAUGCUCUGGGCCCAGAUCCAAGGGCUGAGCUAGGAGCCACGUAUAUCGGCCACAGGCAUUAUUCUCAUUAUUUCCUUGCAUCACAGCCUCUUCACUUGCCUCUGCUGCAACCACAUCUUGGUCCUUGUCUUCACCAGAUCUCCAUCUGCUCAGAAGCCUGAAACACCCAAAUUCCCCCGCCUCAGCAUAACCUCCUAUCCUUCAUCUCCCCACACGGAUCAUAUCACACUGCACCCCAGCCCCUGGCAUUUCCAUUCUGUCUCUCUUCUCCCCCACCGCCACAGCCCCAAUCAUCUCAAAGAACUCUUCCCCAUGUCCCUGUUACACUUAUCCCUUUACCAACACCCCCUGCCCUGGGCCUGUGUCAGGGCCUGACAUGCCCCAUGGGGCAGCAGUUUACCUCUUCCUUCAGGGUCUGCCCUCUAAGCCUCCCACCUUCCUAGUUUGCCUGCUUCCCAUCUGGCUGCUGCUUCUCUGAUUCUUUGUGGACUCUCCCGUGGUCUAUCCCUGCCCUCUGCCCUGUUCAGCAAACCCUUCCUUCUGGCCUGCAUCUGCCAAAUCACACUUCAGCACAGACUGGGAUCCAGACCCCUGAGACACAACUCUCUCCUUUGGUCACUGGACCGCAUCACCAGAGGCCCAGCAUGAAACCUCUCUUCCUUUCCCUCGCCCUUCAGACCUUGUCAAUCCCACCACCUAAACCUACCCAGGCCAGCCCCCUCCUCCUACUUCCCACUGACAUCUUCCUCAAGGGCCCCCAUCAACGGGCCCCUGAGCCCAGCUCCUCUGUGCUACCAGAGGGACUGCCCAGGGCCUGCAGCCAGGCCUCCACCAGGGGCUAACAUCCCACAGCACAGGGCAGAGUUGGGCUGUGCUGUUAUCACACCAAUAAGAGAACGGGCGUCUGGUGCCUGAGCUCCAUCUGCCACCCACCAGGAACAGAGAUUGUAGAGGAGAAGCUGCCCAAAGCCCGGGAGGCAAACCACUGGGGGCUUUAACACCAGUAAUUCAGUGCUAGGAGUGGGUAUCAAGAGAUGUGCUCUCAGUGGACGAGCCCACAGGUGGAUGGUUAGCCAUGUGACCGGCUGCCAGACAAACUCUUGCCUGUUCCACUGGGCCUUCACCUGGCCACCCAUGCAGAACCAGGCAGUGCCAGGUGGGGCGGGCAGCAGAGGGUCAGGGCUGUCCAGGGGAUGGCAGGACCAGGUCUCACUGGGCAGGAGGCUCAAGGGAGCUCAGAGUCAGGGGGCCGCUCCCCUGUCAGACAGGUCCUUUUACCUGUUCCCACUCUGCCCAAUGACCUGCCUGUCUCUUAGCCUCCUUUGCAAGAUGAGGAGAUACCCUGUAAUUUUUUUUUUCCAAGUUUCACUGAUUUUGAGUACUAAAAAGUGAUGAAUAAGUCUGUGGUUUGCUAUGGAGGUUCCAUGUCAGAUAAAGAUUCUUCUGAAGCCUGCCCGCCACACCCCCGCUUGCCCGCGGCACGGGCCUGCUGCAUAAAAGACGGCGGCUGUCUCAGACACUUCAUAAUGCCACGAAGGACCCGGACAAGACAGAAUCCAUCCUGCCAGCCCAAACAUGCGCAGCCUCCCCAUCCUGCAUUGGCUCCUGUUCCUGCUCACACUCCACACCCCUCAGGCACAAGGGGCACCGGUCAAGACACCAGGAACCCAACAAUGCUAUGUACUCAACCUGAUCCGGGAAAUUAUAAAUGAGCUAGACAAGCUACCUGUGGCUUCAGAAGUGAGUAGCUGGGAUAAGGUUGGCAAGGGGCAGGGAAGGGCUGGCAGGUGCCUCAGGCCAACAGGACUCAUGGGCUCUCUCCCUCUGCCCCUACAGGACUUCUUGAACUCAAACGAAAAGAGGAGGCUGAUGGUAAGAGUUCAGCCCCACACAUGGGUGCACUUGGGUGGGUCCCCAUUCACCUCCUGCCUGGGUGACCUCAGGCGUGUCAAAACAAGGCUCUGGACGCCAAACCUGGAAGAAUUCCUGACAUUUGCCACAAAUUCCCUUGGAGAGGAUUCGAAAAUCAAGAAAAAUCUUAAGGAAAUCCAGCCAAUCCUGCCCACAACCACAUCCACGGAAGAGCCAAUCCUUAUUGAGAAGGAUAACUUGGGUGAUUUCCGGGUGAAACUGAAGGAAUAUCUGUCUGCCAUUAGAGACUCUCUGAAUUGUAAGAACACAUAGAGCCCUAACGUCUGAAGUCGGAAGCUCAGCUCCCUCUCUGGAGCCUCGGAACGUCAGUAACAGCAGAUGUCCUAAGUUUCUUGGAUGUCUCUCGCAUAGUCCGGGACUGGAAGAAUUUCAUUUUCUCCUGUGGAGUCAGACUAAUUGUUAAUUACCUAAUUCCUGAAAUGUGCAGCCCCCAUUUGUCCUUCUGUGAUUAUUCUCAUUUUUAUUUUAUUGAGACUAUUUAUUUAUGUAUUUAUUUAUUACCUUGUGCAAUGUGAAGGGUAUUUAUUUUAGCAGAGGAGCCAUGUCUUGCUCUUUCUGAAAAAGAUUCAAGAUGGGGACUUCGGGGCAUGUUCAUUUGUACCUCAGGUUUUAAACUGGUUUCUAUACAUCUGUGAAAAUAAACCACACUUUCUGAACAAAUGCUUUGUUGCUAGUGUCUCAUUUUUACUCAGGUCUUAGUAACUCUCUUGCCUGAUGAUUUAACACACCUCCCUACCACCAGAUGGGCCUGGAACCCACACCCUGGCAAUCUGUGGUCCACUGGGGAGCCAGAUUGAGUUUUAGAAAAUGCAAAUAUGACCAUGUUGGUUUAUACUUCAUUUUCCAGUCCUCAGGGUCUUCUGGACCUUGUCCAGAUCAUUAGGGUAGCAUAAAAGUCCUGGUUCCAUCCAGUGCUUCUAUUUCCUUUCUCCCACAGCUACCUACCUCCUUGAUGCUCCAGGUAACAGAAGCGCUGUGGCUUCCUAGAGGAACUACACACCUUGCUUCCUACCUCUAAACCUUUACCCACACUGUAACCUCAGCCUCACAUGCCCUGAUCCUGACUCAACACGCCCAGGUUCAUUUAAAGAAGCUGUUAACUACUUGAAGUAACAAGUAACACUCUGAUUACUUAAAGAGCCCUUUUCCAGCACGUUUUCUAAUGCAUAGUCAUUAAAGGGAUGAAUGAAGGUAGAGAAAAAGAAGGUGCAAUGUAGUUUUUGAAUUAGAUCAGACUGAAAUCUUUCUUAUUAAAGUAGACAAGAAAUAACAUAAUAAAGACAAGUCAGACAAAAACAGUCUCCUGUAUCUUAUAAAGGAUGCGAAAAUGUGUGCAGUAAUUCUUUUUUUUUUUUUUAAUUUACUAUAAAGUGUCUGUGCUUAGGGGGAGUUGGAAUCCUAUUGAGAAAGAAAAAAUGAAUACAUGGAGGAAAAAAAGACCAGCUCAAAUGUUGCAUACCUCUGGGUUAUCCACGCUACUCCAGGACAGAGCUCUUCUCUGAAACAGGUGCGUAGGCAGGGACCCACUGGAAGGACAGCCAGUGUGGCCCCGAGGUGGCACAGACUGACCUGAAUGAUGGAGACUGGGGCAUCACUGAAUGUGGCUUCAGUCUGCCACCUGACCGUUGGGGUCCCACUGACCCUUUAGCUCUGAGUGCCUCCCUCUCUGGUUCCCCUGCACUCUGCCCAGGUGCACUUCCUCCAGUCUGGGGGUUCAGGGGAGAAGAGGCAGAGCAAACUUUCCUGUCACCAUGCUAAGGAGUAAUGUCAUCCUCUCUGACUCCUCACAAGUCCCAUAAGAGCUUUGGGUGCUGAACACCUAUGUGUCAGGCCCUCUACUGGACACUGGGAAUAUGGCAGUGACUAGACAGAUGGAAGGUAUCCAGGGAGCUUGCUUUAGAUUGAAUGGCCUGGGAAGGUCUUUCUGAGGAGGGGACAUAUAGGUUGAAACCUGAAUGACAAGAAAGGGCCAGCCAUGCAGCAAUCAGGGAGGAAGGAACUCUGGAAAGAGGGAACAACAGCCAGUGCCUGGAGACUGAAAUGUGCUGAGAGCACUCAUGGAACAGAAGGAAAAGCCCACAAUUCUCCCUCAGUUUCUCUCCCUUCCCUCCUCAGGCUUUAUAAAAAUUCAAAACCUACAUUGGUGUGUAUAUUUUUUUUCCUGAAAAUAAAAACCUCAUGAAAUUGUCAUAGUGUACACAUUUUUUUCUUAUUGUCUACAUACCAGAGUUUUUUAAAUGUUGUAUUUUAAUUGUUCACAUUUUAUUUUAAAAAUAUUACUUAGAAUUACCUUGUGUUUAAAAAUGAAUAUACUGUAGAAAAGAGACAUUCUCAUUUAUUAUUGAUGAAAGUGUAAAAUUUUCAAACUCUUUGAAAGGUAAGCUGCUAUUAUCUACUUAAAUGUGAUAGGCAUACCUUGUGAUUAUUUGUUAUAUACAUACGUGUGUAUAUAUGAGCACAAAUAAUUAUUACUCUAUUGAUCUAUGUUUUAUAAUAAUAAUCUAUAUGUCCUUUAAUAGAUAAUUUGUUAAAUAACAUAGUUAUGAAGUGGAUGCUAUCUGGUUUCUGACUAUAGGCACACUUAUGUAUUUGUCUAGCUAUCUACCUCCCUCACUUUAUAUCUGUAUAUUUUGUUAUAAAAUUAACUACUUCAUGGUUAAGAAUGGGAAAAGAGAAAGAUAUAAAACAGUGUGAAACUAUCUACCAUUUGUGUUAAUAAAAAAAUUUUAAAAAAACCCCCAAAACCCAAAACCACAACCUGUGUUAGUGGCGAAUGACUGCAGGAGGUGGGGGUCAGUGGUCAGGUCAGACAACACAGACUUGGUGCAGAAAGAUCAGAGGACAUGGAGUAUAGGCAGGACCUGGGUGGAGGUGAUAUGCUUGAGAAGGGGGUGGGCCUUUUCAGGUUUCCUGGGGGCUUUUCAUUGCCCUUCUUGUACAGCAGUCCAGCCUGCUUCAGGCUGAAGUGGGACGAACAUGAGCCCAGCACACUCAGGUUCAUCCUUGACCCCAAACCUCAGACCCUGCCUGGGUCUAACACAACCAGGCCCAAGCACAGCCCUGGUCCUGGGGCCCAGAACCAACAGGUGGUCAGUUCCCAGUCAAGUUAGGGUAUUUUCACAUCAUGUCCAUCUGCCUUCAGGGAGAGGGCUGAUGACUCCAUGACCCAACAGGAGGCCCUGGGGUGCCUGAGUCUCUCCUGAAGGUCUUUUUUCAGAGCCUGCCCAGACUGUCCUUAGUGCCAGGUCUAUAGGUCCAGUUGCCACAAGGGGGCACCAAAGCCCCAUCAUAAGUCCCACAAUGUCCAAGUGAAGGCCAAAGUUCCCACCUUCCCAAAUCCAAGGUGCUUCUUCAGCAGGAAAGUAGAUAACCUCAACCAGGAAUUUUAAUUUGUAAUUUUAAAAAUAUUAUGGAAAAGAAUCUGAAGAAGAAAAAAAUAUAUGUAUAUAAAACUAAAACUGAAUAACUGCUGUCACCUGAAACACUGGAAAUCAACUAUACUUCAAUUUUUUUAAAUUAUCGUUUUUUUACUGCGAGGGCAAUAUGAGAGAGCAUAGAUGAGCUUUACUGAUAAACUUUGAAAUACAAAAAGCAAAGAG